UGGCCAACGGCUCUCUCCACCGUGUGCUCGCCCAUUGAAUUGCUGUAACUCAGUCUGUUCACACCAGUUUAGUGAAAUAAUUUUGAGCAAACCAAUUCGGACUAGCUCAUUAGACACCUGAUAUCUGCCACAUACUACCCCGGACUUCUGUUUAUCUUACUGCGACGGUGGGGCGUGCGUUCCUGCGCUCGCUGGCUGGGUUUGGUCGGGGAGGCAGGGGGAAGUACGGAGCUGGUCCCGAGCGAUGAUGGAGCUGGAGUCGGCCAGUAAUAGAGGCGAACUGGGAGCUGUGGGCGACUCGCUCCAGCCACAGACCCCCAGUAGGCACGAAAAGAGCCUGGGACUGCUCACGACUAAGUUUGUGACUUUACUACAAGAGGCAAAGGAUGGAGUGCUGGAUUUGAAAGCGGCAGCAGACACCUUAGCAGUGCGUCAGAAACGACGAAUCUACGAUAUCACUAAUGUGUUGGAGGGAAUUGGACUGAUAGAGAAGAAGUCCAAGAACAGCAUCCAGUGGAAGGGUGUAGGUCCAGGCUGUAACACCAGAGAGAUAGCCGAUAAGCUGAUCGAUCUGAAGGCCGAGCUAGAUGACCUGGCUCUCAGGGAACACGAGCUGGACCAGCAGAGAGUCUGGGUCCAACAAAGCAUUAAGAAUGUCACGGAUGACUCGAACAACAGCCCUAUGGCAUAUGUAAAACAUGACGACCUCUGUGGCGCUUUCAAAGGUGACACACUCCUAGCAAUCCGUGCUCCCAUUGGGACACAGCUAGAGGUCCCCAUACCAGAAGCGGUCCUUAAUGGACAGAGGAAAUACCAGAUCCGUCUCAAGAGUUCAUCUGGUCCUAUUGAGGUUUUGUUGGUCAAUAAGGACCCGUCCAGUGCCUCUCCUGUUGUCUUGCCCGUCCCUCCUCCAGAAGAUGUCCUUCAAAGCCUCUCAGCACCGACAUCUACCUCUCAGCCGCCCACUGCUGCCUCCCAGAUCCCCAAACCAGCUCUAACAACUUCUACAAAACCUGGUCCUGCCACAACGUCAGCUAUAGCAGCCAACCAGACAGCCUCAGUGACAGAAGUGACAAGCACCACGCCACUCACCCCAACAACAGAUACGCCUGCAACAGUCACUCAGCAGCUACAGUCUUCUGCCUCAUUGGAUGGAUCUGUGUCCUCUUCUGCCUCUGCAGUGUUUGAACCAAUUAAGUCGGAUCCAUCUGAAUUGCUGGACUUUCCCAAAGAGCUCUCUGACAUGUUUGAUCCAACAAAAGAGAUGAUGAGUGGAGACCUGUUGGAGGAUUUGAUGUCAUCAGAAGUGUUCUCGCCUCUCCUCCGUUUGUCCCCUCCACCCAGUGACCACGACUACAUAUACAACCUGGAUGAGACAGAAGGCCUGUGUGACCUCUUUGACGUCCCUAUUCUCAAUCUCUGACCCCUGAGACUGCAAAUUGGGAAGCAGUUUCCCUAAACACGCUAAAUCUACCUUCAUUUUCUCCAAGAUACCCCCCUAACUGACAGUGAAGGUGAGAAGAGAUGCAGGAAAGCCAAUAUGAUGUGAUGAGCAUUCAAGGACACCUCUGCACUGAUAUGGUGAGCUCAAGCUGAGCUCAGUCAGACAGUCGCCCAAUGUACAGCCUUGUGAAGAAGAACAGGCGAGAACAAAACAUUUUACUUACUGCUUUUCCAAGGAAACCCAGUGAAAACAAAAGAGAAAUGAUUAUAUUUUUGGAUUGUUAUGUAUGAUAAAGCGCUAUGUUUGUGUAUCAGCUUUCCCGUGUGCUUGUGAAGGAACGUGUGUGGGCAUACUUUACACGAGUGUGCUUGUGUGUUUGUGUGCUUGAGUUUUGUAUUCAACACUCUCUUGACUUGAGUCAGAUGUCUCCAGGAAAAAAAAAAGAAACCCUUUUCCUGU